AUGAGUCGGCAUCGAAAUUACGACGACCCAGGCUAUGCCGAAAGGGAGCCUCUCGAUAACAGCAACAGCACUUACCACAACGGCUCCCCAUAUCGAUCUCCUGACCCCAAUCAUUCUUACCGCGACUACGACUACGACUACGACUAUAACGGUCAAUCGUACCAACACCACAACCAGCAGCAACAACAACAACAACAACAACAACAACAACAACAACAGCAUCAUCAUCAUCAGCCUUCGCAACAACCGCAACAACCGCAACACUACGACUCGUACGCUCCUCAAGGCUAUCACUACGAACAACCUGACCCGAGACCUCCGCGUAACGUCGCUGGAAGCCACCCGGAGUCGUCGUUUGACCAGAUACGAGCCGAGCGUCAGUACGCUCGCCAACCAGCCUACAAUCAACCCCGACACUCCCAACAAGCCCAAUACUCUCAAGACUCCCAACAUUCGCAGCCUGGAGCCGCCGGCGCCGCCGCAGGAUACGGAGCCGCCGCUUCGACAGGCCCUCCCCCACCUGCCCACUACAACUACGGCAUUACCCCUGGAGCCGACAACUUUGGUGAGACGGCGUCAGGCGGCAUGGCCGGCAUCGCCUAUAGCGUAGCUGACCAAAACGCCCGGCAAAGCGGCGUUGAUGCCAUGCGCGGCAUGGAUCCCCAACAAUCUUCCUCCCACAGCCAAGGACCCAGCAUGCCUCAGCCCACGUAUGACCAGAGCCCUGCGGCCGGGUAUCACGCUCGGAGCCCUCAUACCAACGCCGGUCCGAACGGUAUUGCUGGCGAAUCGCGGUCGAGUUUGACGUCUUUAGGAGCUGCCGCCAUCCCUCCCGGUGCCGGUACUCCCUCGCGUUCCGCUUUAGGCCACGGCAACGGUGUCCCUCCGGACCCGUACAGCGACGACCCGUACCAGGCUUACUCGACCACCCGCAGCAACGACCCCUACCUGGGCGUCGUGAACCCGAACGAGAUUGUCGACGACGGUGACGAUGGACUUGGAUACCGCCGUCCCCAGCGGUCCUCUCUGCUCAGUCUCUCGCAUAGUGAUCGAGCUAGCAGCACCAACGGGCACGGAGCCUCUGUGGCUGCUGGCGCCGUGGCCGCUGGUGGCAUCGCCGGAGCCAUGGGCGGUUUGGCCGGAAGACCCGGUCAGCCAGGUUACGGGCCCGUCCAUACCGCCAGCGCGCUCGACGUGUCCAAAUUCCCCGGCGACGACGCCGGUGGCCCCGAAAAAUCCGAGUGGCUGGUGAACCGAGAGAAGAGCAGGAAGCGGUGGAAGUGGGUCGCCAUUGGCAUUCUCAUAUUUCUCGUCGUUGGUGCCAUCGUCGGAGGCACGGUUGGCGGCGUGCUGUCGCAAGGCGGCGGCGGAAGCGGGGGUAGCGGCGGCUCGGACAGCAGCGAUGAUGGCGGCCAGUCCGCGGACGAGGACCUCGACCAAAACGGGGACCUCGGUAUCAACUCGCGGGAGAUCAGGGAUCUCAUGAACAACGAGGACCUCCACAGGGUAUUUUACGGGUUCGACUACACGCCGAUCAACGUGCAGUAUCCCGAGUGCCUGCACAACCCGCCAUCGCAGAAUAACAUCACCCGGGACGUUGCUGUUCUUAGUCAGUUGACCAACAUGGUCCGUCUUUAUGGAACCGACUGUAAUCAGACACAGAUGGUCCUUCACGCCAUUGAUCGACUUGAGCUCGACGACAUGAAGGUAUUCAUGGGCGUGUGGAUCGACGGCAACUCCACGACCAACGAGCGGCAGCUCAGUCAGAUGUGGGACAUUCUAGACGAGUACGGAGCCGAUCCCUUUGAGGGCGUCAUUGUCGCCAACGAGAUCCUGUUCCGGCAGCAGAUGACCCUCACGGAGCUCGGAAAUCUUCUCGAUGAGGUGCGCCGGAACAUGACAGACCGUAACAUCGACCUACCCGUAGCCACGUCGGACCUGGGCGACGAUUGGUCCGAAGGCCUGGCCUCUUCGUCCGACUACAUCAUGUCCAACAUUCACCCUUUCUUCGCGCACGUGUCGGCGGAGGAGGCAGCCUCCUGGACCUGGAGUUUCUGGAACAACCACAACAGCGGCAUGUGGAAAUCGGACAACGACAGGAACAUCAUCGCCGAGAUUGGCUGGCCCACCAGCGGCGGCACCAACUGCCCCAACUCGGCAACUUCCUGCCCCGAGGGCACCGGGUCGGUAGCCAGCGUCGAGGGCCUCAACCAGCUUCUCGAGGACUGGGUCUGCCCGGCCAUGGCGAACAGCACGCGCUACUUCUGGUUCUCCGCCUUCGACGAGCCGUGGAAGGCCCUCUUUGACGAACCGGGUAGGGAAUGGGAGAGCAGAUGGGGCUUGAUGGACGUCAAUCGGAAUCUCAAGAGAGGUGUGGAGAUCCCGGACUGCGGCGGAAGGACGGUAUGA